AUGGAGGUGACUCCCAACAAGCACACGCAGCAGGUGAGCGGGUGGGCGGCCAUGGACGAGUCCGGCAAGAUGGUGCCGUUCAACUUCAAGCGUCGGGAGAACGGCGUGGACGACGUGACGAUCAAGGUGCUCUACUGCGGCAUGUGCCACACGGACCUCCACUUCGCCAAAAACCACUGGGGCAUCACGCAGUACCCGGUGGUCCCGGGCCACGAGAUCACCGGUGUGGUCACCAAGGUGGGCGCCAACGUGUCCGGCUUCAAGCCCGGCGACCGCGUCGGCGUCGGGUGCCUCGCCUGCUCGUGCCUGGACUGCGAGCAGUGCGACAGCUCCCAGGAGAACUACUGCGACAAGAUGGGGCUCACCUACAACAGCGUCUACUGGGACGGCAGCAUCACCUACGGCGGCUACUCCAGCAUGUACGUGGCGCACAAGAGGUUCGUGGUGCGGGUCCCCGACGGCCUGCCGCUGGACGCGGCGGCGCCGCUGCUGUGUGCGGGGAUCACGGUGUACACCCCGAUGAAGAAGCACGGGAUGCUGCGUGCCGCCGGCAGGAGGCUCGGGGUGGUCGGGCUGGGCGGGCUGGGCCACAUCGCCGUCAAGUUCGGCAAGGCCUUCGGGCUGCACGUCACGGUGAUCAGCACGUCGCCGGCCAAGGAGCAGGAGGCCAGGGGGAACCUCAAGGCCGACGACUUCAUCAUCAGCACCGACGACAAGCAGAUGCAGGCUAUGGCGAGGAAGCUUGACUACGUGAUCGACACAGUCCCGGCGGCGCACUCGCUGGGACCAAUCCUGGAGCUGCUCAAGGUGGGCGGCGCACUCGCCCUCGUCGCCGCUCCGGACGGGCCCCUCGAACUCCCUUCAUUCCCGCUUAUUUUCGGGAACAAGACCAUCAGUGGGAGCAUAACGGGGGGGAUGAAUGACCAUCAGGAGAUGAUGGACCUGUGCGGGGAGCACAACAUCACCUGCGACAUCGAGCUCGUCUCCAACGACGGGAUCAACGACGCGUUCGCCAGGCUCGCGCGCAACGACGUCCGCUACCGUUUCGUCAUCGACAUUGCGGGGGCUGACUCAAGGAUCUAG